AUGAAGAUUUUGUGUGUUGCUGUUGUUGUGCUGAGUCUCACCUCAGUGUGCCAGCCUGCGUCGCUGGCCUGUGAGAGACUGCUGAAGACAGAAACCAGAAAUCCAGAUCUGACUGGGAGAUGGCGCUACGUAGCCUUGUCCAGUGAAAUGUGUCCUAUUAGAACAUUAAUGGAGUCUGUUUUUCGGCCAGCUAUAGAAAUUAACAUUACCUCUGAAGUCACACCGAACGUUUACAGUGUCGGAGUUAAGAUUCAAAUACCUGGGAUGUGCGUCAACAAAUUAAAUUUUUCAACAUUUAUUUAUGAGAACAAUGCUGUGAGGGGUGCUACCAAUGCCCCCCCUGUUAUACUGCUACAAAGUGGGUGUCCUGACUGCAUCGUUUUACAGAACGAUGCCAUCCAUUCCCUUAUUAUUCUAAGUAGGAGACAGACGGUCACUGCUGCUGAGAUGAAGGAGUUUGAGACACAGGCAAAGUGUUUGGGUUUGCCCGAACCGCAGCUCUUCAUGUCAGAUCACGUCUAUGAAAACUGCCCCACCACUGAAGACAUUGUACAGCACCUUGAAACAUUUUCCAGUGGUACAGAGAAAGCUCGGUCCCUAAAUGAGAAAAUUAGGAAUUGUAAUCAGCAAAUGUAGCUCACCUGGUUGAGCGUGUACCAUGUAUCAUGGCUGAGUCCUUAACUUCAGCGGCCAGAACGAAAUCCAGAACGAGCCCUUUGCUCCAUGUCAUCCCCCUGCCUUUCCUUUGUUCUCUACUGUCCUAUCAAAUAAACCCCAAUAAAUAA